AUGUUCUCGAAAACUAGCUUCGGUGUACCCCGUUUCUAUCCCCGAGAUCUUAAGGAUCGAGUAGAUGACUAUGUCGUGGGCCAAGACCGAGCGAAGAAAGCCAUAUGUGCAACCAUCUUCAACCAUUACCAAAACGUGAGAAGAAGGCGUCAGCACGAGCACGACGAAAGAAAUCGAAAGGAGAAGGUUAUGCGGCAGAGGCUAUCUCGCGACAGGGAAUUUCACCAACGACGUCGUGAUACCCAUCCCGUUGAAGACGAAUUUCCCGGCCACUUCGAAUCACUCCGACCCAUCCACGACCCUCCGGAAUUUCAAGAAGACCCGUUCGACAGCCUUUACGCACACGAUGACCAGAACAACCCUGAGCCUGUCAAAAUCGACAAGAGCAACAUCCUAUUAAUCGGUCCCACCGGGGUUGGGAAGACUUAUAUCUUAGAAACUCUGAGCAAGAAGAUAAACGUCCCAUUCUCGAUAUGCGACUGUAAUUCCUUUACGCAAGCCGGCUAUAUUGGACAGGAUGUAGAAUCAUGCAUUGAGCGCCUUCUCAUUGAAGCCAAUUACGAUGUUAAAGCCGCCGAGCAAGGGAUCGUGGUAUUGGACGAGUUCGACAAGAUUGCGCGCAGGGAAGUGCACACAGGCCGUGAUGUCAGCGGCGAAGGUGUUCAGCAAGCUCUGCUCAAGCUUGUAGAAGGCACUAAAGUGACAGUAAACGUCAAGGAUAACCGCUCAUCGCGGUCCGCGCCUCCCAUAACGACAAACUUCAACUCCUCCGGUUCUUCAUCAUCCGCGGCUCAGACAAACCCACCGGGAGGCAAAAUUGACCAAUAUAUAAUCGAUACGACGAAUAUUCUGUUCGUAUUUUGUGGCGCUUUCGUAGGCCUGGACAAAACUAUUCUCAAGCGGGUUGCGAAGCCAUCUGUUGGCUUUGGGGGGAAGCUGGAAGGCCGGAUGGCCAUUUCUGGAGUCUCACAGCAACUUGCCCCCAAGCUUUAUGCCCAUCUCCCUUACUUUUCAUCUGUGCCAGCGUCUUCUUUCACGCCCUUGGAUCUGGCAACACCCGACGAUCUCCAGGCAUUUGGAUUUAUUCCUGAACUUAUUGGUCGUUUACAUAACAUAUGCGCUCUCAGCCCACUUUCGAAAGAUGAUCUGUUUCGAAUUCUGACAGAGCCCCGUAACAACUUGGCAGCCCAGUACAUUGCCCUCUUCGAGACAUACCCUUCGUGUUUAUAUUUCACUGACAAGGCCUUAUACGCCAUUGCUGAAAGGGCAUCAGCAGCGGGGACUGGCGCUAGAGGGCUCAAGAUGGAGCUGGAGCGCGUUCUUGCCGAGCCAAUGUUCGAGGCUCCAACACCUUAUGUCCUUAUAACCGAGGCAUGUGUCCAUGGUACUGAAAAGGCUGCCACUUGGGGCCGAGACGGCCGCUUUGAAUUCGAUAGGAGAACCCAGGAGGAGAAGAUAAAGCAUCCCGAGACACAGCCAGAAAUGACAUUCGAACAGUACAGGGAAGCUGGGGAAAGCGGCGGUUAG